CAAGCAUAUUUAUUCUUUUUGUAAAUCCUUCAGAUAUAGUAGUGUAAACUAGGGAUUAUUUUCAUCAUACAGUAACACCAUUAAGAUUCUUAUGGAAUUUUAUUGAAAUCAGAUAACCAGGUAUAAAGACAAAAUGAGACACAUCAUUACGUUCAUUGUCAUGACAAUUGUCCAGACAGUUUUUGUUGAACCAAAAAAGUAUUUAUCAUGUCAUUACCAAUCAAUUCAUGAUUCCAAAAAUGAUUCAUUCGGAAAUAGUUCUAAUCACGGACCUGUAAUACCUAUAACUGUGAGACUGUUUACAAGUAAUGGUGAAUGUGUUUUUAAUCCAAAAGCCAUUACAGAUAAAUAUAUAAGACAGGAUUAUUUUCAAGGUGUAUUUUUGAUAAUAUGGUGUUAUGGCAGUGCACCAAUACAUUUUGUAUUCCCUUCCGAAAUCACUGUUCCGUUUAAUACGUUUGGUAUAGUACUCAUAAAAGACUGCCAGUUUGAUGGCCGACAGAUCAACUUGUUGUUACAGCUAACAAAUUCGAGACAUUUAUACCUCCAAAACACCAACAUUUUGAGAACGGCAAUUACACCAUGGUUUUUUUGCGCAUUGAAACAGUUGAUAGUUUUAGGAAUAUUUUAUAUAAAAGGCUAUGUAAUGGAAACAUUGGAUAAUCUACUAAGUUGUGAAGCUACACUUCCUCAGAUGCAAGAAUUUUAUGUAUCUUCGUGUGGAAAAGGAACAAUUAAUACAACCGUUAUAGAAAACAAAUUUCGAUAUUUAAGGUAUAUGAUGAUUACCAACUGUAGAAUCGAAAUGCCUGUUCUACUAAAGUUCACAAACACACCAAAAAAUAGGAGGAGUAACAUUUCAAAUAAAGAUGAGGGCGAUCACGGAUUUCGGUUUUUGAAGAUGUUUAACUAUGUUAUGUCGGAUGUUGGAUUGACCAGUGGUGUAGAACUGCGAUCAAAUUCUCUGAAAAAUUAUGAACAGAUUCAUAUUUCUGGUCAUGUAAAUUCGGUUAAAAUAACACAAAAUUAUUUGUUUAAAAUAACAGCAGAUAUAAUUGCUGACGCUAAAGGAUUACAAAUCAUAAGCUUUAGUCAAAACAACAUUUUGGAAAUCAAAAAUGACACGUUUAAAGGUCAUUUUGAUGUUGAACAUAUUGACCUGAGUAAUAAUACAUUACGCUCAUUGCCAGAUAAAAUCUUUUAUAACAUGCACAAAUUGAAAUUUGUUAGUCUUGCAAGAAAUAAAUUGAUAACACUACCAAGAAAUAUUUUCGCAACGCUUAAUGAAUUGAGCUCUUUAGAUAUGGAAGGAAACAGUAUUACUCACAUACAAAGAACCCAACUUCCUUCCAAUAACUUAAAACUAAGCUAUAUAAAUCUAAAUUACAAUCCAAUAGUUGAAUUACCAGUGGCAAUAUUCUAUAUCGAGGGUUUGAAGACAGUAGACUUGAAAUACACACAAAUUACUUUUUCUACAUUAUGGUCCAUUUUGGAAACACUUGACCAAUUAUCGUUUAUCCUGAGUAUAUCUCCUGGAAUAGAUAUUUCUAAUGGUGCAGAUUUUAAUUCAUUCCCAGAUAAAGCUUCAAAUUUUGUUUGGAGAAUCGUUGAUUUGACAGGAUGCAAGGUUUCUGGAUUUGAUUGGACGGAAGACCAGCGUAAUACCACAGCUCUUACUUUUGCAAAAACCAAAUUAAGGAUUAUUCUGUCAUACUUUCGUUUUGUUUUAACAGAUAAUCCAAUAGAUUGCUUUUCGAAUAAUAUAGUAUUUCUUAUAGAUCUGGUAAGCAUGAAUCACAAAAACGGCAUUUUUUCAGGAAAAGAAUAUUUUUUCAGUGAAUGGCUUUGUGAAAAUCCUAUCGAAUUUCGCGGAAGACCUCUUUUUGAUAUCAAACCUGACGAUACAUAUUACAAGAUGCAUGACACUUACUGUCCAAUUGAAUGUGCAUGUUUCUUUCGCUAUAACCAGAGUAUUACAAUAGUUGAUUGUAGAGGAGUGAAUUUGUCAUCUAUACCGGAUUCCGUACCUCCAGGGCUUAUUGAUUUGUGGUUACAAAACAACAAUAUAUCAAUGUUGAAUUUUAGACCAUAUUUUAAAAAAGUCAGGCAACUUUAUAUGUCUAGCAACAGGCUAAGAGUGAUAACAUAUAACGUUUUCAGUGAAAUGAAAAAAUUGAAGUUUUUGAAAAUUGACAGGAACUUUUUAAGUUAUUUACCGAAAACCAUCACAAGUCUCAACUUAGAAGAGAUUUAUAUAGACCAUAAUCCUUUACUCUGUGAUUGCAACUCAUUGUGGCUGAAGUAUUGGAUGUUUGACAAUAUACUAGUACUAAAAAAACUUGACGAUAUAAGAUGUAGAAGUUUCAACGGAAUAGAAAAGUUCUUGAAAGUUCCUAAUGAAAAAUUCACAUGUGCAAAAACUUUUGCAAAGAGUUUUGUUGCUGAAAUUGUAGGAACAUUAGUUGGAAUAGCAGCAAUGUGUUUGCUUACGAUAGCAAUAGUCUUCAGGCAAUCAAUAAGAGUGUUACUCUAUUUUAAAUUUGGUUUCCACACAUUUGAUCGUCAGUUUUUCGAAGAUUAUGAGACAAUAGAUAUAACAUUCGUUUACUCUAAGAUGUAUGAAGAUUUCAUUAAGAAAAAGUCAAAAGUUCUAGAGAAAUUUGUCGUAUGUUAUUCAACAGAACAUUUUGUCCCUGGCUAUGCGUUGGAUACUAACAUUAGAAACGCAGUUCACCAUAGCAAGUACGUAUUUAUUUUAGUGACGGACGACAUUGAAACUAAUAUCAUUAAUUCGACAUAUGCAGCAUGCGAACAAAAAUUUGAAAAAAGGAUAGAUUUUCUUUUAGGGUUCGUAAACACAAACAGAAACAUAGAUGAAUUCGAAAUAAGCGAUGGCUUUAAAAGAUAUUUCAAACUACAUCAGACGUUAAAACCCAACAAUAUGUUGUUUUGGGAGAACCUCAGCUAUAAACUUGCUUCAUCUAGGGACAGAAUUCGGACAGAAAACGAGAUUGAGUUGAAUCACAAUAUUGAAGAACACUUAUGUUUCAAGAGCAAUGUUUGUGAUACUGCAUCCUAUGAUGCAUUUGUAUGUUAUAUGGAGGAAGAUACGGAAUAUUCUGAAAUUAAAUUGAAAAUGAAGUUGAAAGAAAUCACAGACUAUAAAAUUGUCUCUAUUCAUCAAAUUGCUCCUGGUUAUGAAUGGUUUCCUUCUAUUGAAAAAUGUUUAGAUAAGUCGAGACACACUAUUUUUGUUGUAUCUAAUAAUUUCAAUGAGUGGCAAUCAGAACGAUAUUAUGCUUUUAGAAUGGCGCAAGAAAAAACUAACAAUAACAAUGAAAAUCAUCUUAUCGUCGUGUUCAGAGGGAAAAAAACAACCAAAUUUUCGGAGAAAGAUUUUGAAAAAUAUUUUCAAAAAUUCGUUUUUUUAGAACACGUCGAGGGAGACGAAGUAAACGAGGUAGAAUUUUGGAGAAGAAUGAAAGCGGCUCUUAAAUCAAAGCGUUUAGCCAAUGGCGCUCCUUUGGAAUGUAUGCAGAAAUAAUCUAUAUGAAAAUACGGCGAUUGUUUGAGCUGUUAGACAAAUUUGAAAUAAUUUUGUAUCAAGGAGUGUACCUCAUUCAUGCAUACAUCUGAUUCCUUGUCCGAUAUCGCGAUCGGCUAAACAUUUGAUCCUUUAUUUAUUUAUUCAGCUUUCUGGCAAAAGUAUUAAGGUGAUACA